AUGCAACCUGCAACACCAAGGAAGAAGCUGUCCAUGCUGCCACCAUUACUGGGUAUGAAAAAGUGCCAGCCAACAGUGAAUCCGCAUUGUUACAGGCAGUCGCUAAUCAACCCGUAUCAGUUGCCAUUGAUGCCAGUGGCAUGGGUUUCCAGUUCUAUUCAGUCUUGGAUAGUCUACCAGGAAUCAUGCUGGAUCAAGGCAGCUGUAUUGAUACUUGUUGUACUUUUUGGAGGAAGGUAUGAAAAGCUGCAACGGUGGGAUGAUGCCCUUAAAGCAUACACUGCAAAAUCUGCUCAAGCAACAAGUCAACAAGGUAAUUCAUAUUGUAGUGUAUUUAUUCCAAAUCCCAAAUUCUUUGGAUGGAGAAAAGGGUCACAAGAAUUAUCGGAGCAGGGGUUCAAUAUUAGUCUUAAAGAAGUAUGA